AAAAAAAAAAAAAAAGUUUAGAUCUUUUUUUCCCAAAACUCUUAUUUCCCAUUAUUUUACAGCUUAAUCCUUGAAAAAAAAGAAGAAAAAUAAUGACUUUUUUAAUGGAAAGGCGAUCCUUUACGUGAUGGCUCUGGCUCUUUCUAAUCGAGGACUCAAGACAAAGAGGCCAAGCCAACAGAGCCAACCCAUCCUUCCCAAAUCGGGAAACUUCCAUUCAUUCUUUAGCCUUCCCCUCUGCAAUUCCUCCUCCAACUCUCAUGGAAGGCUCAGCCAACGAACGUCUUGAUUUUGGGAAGAUGGGUUACGGAUGCAAGCAUUACAGAAGAAGAUGCCAGAUUCGAGCUCCGUGCUGCAACGAGAUCCAUCCGUGCCGCCAUUGUCACAACGAAGCCACGAGCAUGUUGAGCAACCCCUUUGAUCGGCAUGAGCUUGUUCGCUACGAUGUGAAACAAGUUGUCUGUUCAGUUUGUGACACAGAGCAGCCGGUUGCAAAAGUUUGUACAAACUGCGGCAUCAGUAUGGGGGAAUACUUCUGUGACAUUUGCAAAUUCUAUGAUGAUGAUACCACGAAAGAACAGUUUCAUUGUAAUGAUUGUGGGAUCUGCAGAAUCGGGGGUCGUGACAAAUUCUUUCACUGCAAGAAAUGUGGGUCUUGCUAUUCAAUUCGCUUACGUGAUAAUCACUUGUGUGUGGAGAACUCCAUGCGUCAUCACUGCCCUAUUUGUUACGAGUUUCUUUUUGACUCUCUGAAAGACACUACUGUAAUGAAAUGCGGGCACACAAUGCACCGCGAAUGUUACAAUGAAAUGAUGCAGCGUGACAAAUAUUGUUGUCCGAUAUGCUCCAAGUCAGUGAUUGACAUGUCCAGAACCUGGCAGAGAAUUGACGAGGAGAUAGAAGCAACCGUUAUGCCUGAGGAUUACCGGUAUAAGAAGGUAUGGAUCCUUUGCAAUGACUGCAAUGACACUACCGAAGUCUACUUCCACAUAAUUGGGCAGAAAUGCAACCACUGCAACUCAUACAACACACGCACGAUUGCCCCUCCAGUUCUUCCUCAAUGAUAUCAUCGAGUCUGGUAGGUGCAGUGAAAGCUUGUACCAUUGCAUUAUGAUUCAAAUGAUUGGAAUGUUGAAAUGCGUCCAUCGAACUUUUUCCCGGCAAUUGUUCUUAUUCUUCCAAUUUAUGUGGUUAAAACCCAGUUGAUGGUGACUGUAUGUGUCUUGGGUUGAUGUAAACAUUAUACUGUAAUUCAAGGGGGUGGUUUAUGGACCAGUGAAAGAUUCGCCACAUGAUAAAAACCAUGCCCAUCUUGCUUUCA